UGUUUUUUUUCCUCUGUAGGAGAAACUUUUAUUCUGAAAAUAUCCAUGAACGUUACGCAUUUCCUGUACGCCGAGCAUAAGAACGUGGAAGUCGGCAUUAGCUUCGUGUGCGGUUCGGACCCAACAGCUGACGUUAGUAAAGUAAAGAAGACAGACGUCGUGCGUGUCCUCCUCAGGGGUGAUGCAGCAAAUAUGUCCCUGCAGGUCAUGCUGCAGCAGAGGAUUGGCUCCACCCAGGUGCAGCUGCAGAGGGCAGAGCAGCUUUAUCCAGGUGUGGAAGGUCACCAGAAGCUUUGCAGCAAACUUCGUGCUGAACUACGCUUCCUGAAGCGGGUGGAGGCUGGACAGCAGCAGGUGAAAGAGUCUCACCUGCACAGCACCAACCUGACCCACCUGACUGCCAUCAUUGACGCGGCCCAGAGUCUGGAGGGUGUUGUGGCCCUGUUGCAUGUCUUCACUUAUCAGGACACCAGCGGGCACCGCCGCACACUGGUGGUGGACGUGGUUGCCAAUGGGGGAAACACCUGGGUGAAGGCGGUGGGCAGGAAGGCGGAGGCGCUUCACAACAUCUGGCAGGGGCGGGGUCAGUAUGGGGACAAGAGCAUCAUCCGUCAGGCUGAGGAGUUCCUGCAGGCCAGCCGUCAGCAGCCCGUGCAGUAUCAAAACCCCCACAUCAUCUUUGCCUUCUACAAUGGCGUCUCCUGCCCCAUGGCCGACCACCUCCGAGACAUGGGCCUGUCGGUGCGUGGGGACAUCGUAGCUGUCAGCAGCGUGGAGACAUCAGAACAUGAGAUGGCUGGAGGGGACGAGGACGACGCUGAAGCUAACAAGGAAGCUGAGGAGAAAGACGAGGAAGCGACAGCAGGGCUAACCCUGGUGGAGCGCGGGACGGUCGUAGCGCACCUGGCUUUUCCAUCACAGCUGCAGGUGGAGAAGUGUAACAGAGUGAAUCUGGACAUCACUACACUGAUCACCUAUGUGUCGUCGCUGAGUCAUGGCCGCUGCCAUUUUACCUUCUGUGAGCCAGUUCUGACGGAGCAGGCGGCUCAGGAGCGGCGGCAGCAGAUUCUGCCGCAGCUGGACGCCUUCAUGGAGGGGAAGCAGCUGUUUGCCUGCCGUGCUGCUGUGCACGACUUCCAGGUGAUCCUGGAAACACUGGGCGGGCCUGGCGAGAAGGAGCGUGCUCAAAAGCUGCUUGCACGGCUCCACUUGGUGGAUGACCAGCCAUCGGAGCGCACGCUGCGCCUCACGCCCAGCGCUAAGGUCAACCGCCGUUCGCUCAUGAUCUUUGGUUCUGGCGACUCUCUUAGGGCCAUUACCAUGACGGCGAACAACCGCUUCGUCAGAGCUGCAGCCAAUCAGGGGGUCCGCUUCAGUGUUUUUGUCCACCAACCCAGGGCUCUGACAGAAGGCAAAGAAUGGAGGGCCACGCCCAUCUGAGGAGGCCACACCCAUGGGCUUCCUGCACAAGGACAGUCGCUUAGAUAAGCAUUUUGAGUUUCUCAGUCUGAAUUCAUUAAAAACUUCAAACAUG